AUGCCUCUUACUACCCACUCUGGACGCUGGUCAAAAGCCCCACUUCGAGCUGACCAGGUUUCUACCCAUACGUCAGAGGAUGGCAACGAAGCACGUUCCCGCCCUGGUCCAAAGUCGGCCAACGCCAAUGUACCUCGCCCUUGGCCUAAGGCUCGUCCCCUUCCAAGGUCCGAACGUUCCGACCCUUUGACAUCAUCUGCUGAGGAAGAAAUUUUCUUUUCCAAUUUUGCCAGGCGCUCAUUCGUCAGGAACAAGUCCAAUGAUGCAAGUGAGGAUCCCGAGGCCCAGUUACCCGACCCUGACGAGGACACAGAUAAUGAUACACAGCAAGUUGAAGCUUCUCUCAGGGAUUACAGUGCUGUUCUCCGCAAUGAGAGUGACACGGGUACAGUAACAGGCAACAAAAAUCAAACCCAACAUAAGUUCCACCAUUCAUGUCAUUUGGUUGUCCAUCCAAUGGUGAAUAUUGUAGUCCUGCAGCGACUGAACGAAAGGGAGACAACAGCCGCUCCGUCCGACACGACAAAUGAACAAGAUGAGACUGCGGGUGAUUUUAUUCAAACAUCUCAUGGUACACUGCUAAUAUAUUUAUCACAGCUCAGUCCGACGUUCCUGUCCUUGAAUGAACCCGAUGGUCAUGCAGCGGUUAAUGAAAGGAGGAUCAAUGCAUCUCCAUCCAACGCUCACAGCGUGAUCAAAACAAACGAAAGGGAGAAUACUGCAGCCCAUCGCCCGCGCAGAUCCGGUGCCUGGAAGUCAUACUUACCUUCUGACGAGGGGAAAUCCGUAGAGAGCUCUGGCUCUGAUAGCGACUGGGCUGCAACAGAAGAGCAGCGAAAGAAAGCAGAGCGCCAUGUGAAUCCCAUGAGGUCCCCCAGCCCGUCUACAGAGGGACAUCAGAAGGGGUUGCGACUGAAGAAGACAAGCUUGAAGACGGGGAACGAGACCACGUGCAAAGCGGGCAGACUAUCUAAGGAAGCUAUUCUGGCAGUGCAUGAUUUUGGGAAGAGGGUCCAGGAGGAAGCGACCGAAAUUGGCAAACAGUUUGGGAAACAUCGGCAGGUUAUUCUGACGGAGGCAGGAUUAGCUAGGAAAGCAACUCGCAAGGAGUCCAUUUGGAACCAGCAUCAGGCCUGGUUUAAAACUGUGCUGCACCCAUCCAAAGCAGCGAGCUUGCAGGCAUGGAAAGCCAAGCAGGCUGAGCAUUAUCAUGCCCACUCACACAAGGACCCUAAGAACGCGGCUCUCUGGAAACAAAUCCGAGAGCAUUUUGAUCAUGCGAUUGCCACUCCUGACGAUCUAUCCUCUCGAGAGUCAUGCAGUCUUAUGAUGGCAGUCCGUGAAAUGUUUGCGAAAAUCGGAGAUGAGGAGUCUGGCCGCCAGGCCUCCGGCUUUUUUGCGGGGUCAGAUAUUGUAAAGGCCCUCAUUGACGCUCAACGAGUUGAUGCCAAGCAUAUGAUAGAUGAGAUCACGACAAUCCUUAAGUACAAGGAUUUAGAGGCUGCGCAAGCAGGAGGCAAGAAUAUCAAUUUUCUUCCGCCGCCUGCCCCUGGUCGCCAAUGCUUCGCUUCUACGCAAUGUGAUGCAGAGAAAGGCAAGAUGGCCAAGCGGAAAGGCAAGUCCAAGAAGUCUAAUGAGCAUCGACGAACAAAGGGCGCGGUCGUGGAGGUGCCUGAUGUUCUCUUAUCUAUCCAGGGUUGGAAUCCUCUUCAGUUGCAAGACCUUACCUCGUACACUGGCGAGGUGUUCGAAAUCCCUCUUGUCAUUGAUACAGAUGAUUCAGAAAAAUUUAUUAAGGAUCUCCCUCCCCACGUCACUCGCAAGCAAAUAGGCAAGAUGAUUCGUGCAGAAACUCCGACCUCAGAUGCAAGUGCAGAGCAUUCGGGCUCAGAGGCUUCGUGUCCUAACUUGAUCUUUGUACUCAUUACCAGCAGGUUUCUCACACACGUGGUAUGGUUCCACGCGCCAACUCUGGGGCUCCGCACUCUAACCUUGGGGCUCCACGCUCUAACCAUUGGGCUCCGCGCUCAACCAAUGGGCUUUGCGCUCCACCGCUGGGGCUUUGCGCUCCACCGCUGGGGCUUUGCGCUCCACUUCUGGGGCUCCACGCUCCAAUCAAUUUGUCCCUAG